AUGUCCGUUUGUUUACUGUAUAACUGGCCGGUCCUAAUGGACUUCUUUGUUCCCUCUAGCCUGCAACCCAGGAUUUGCGCGGUCGAGGUGUCCGCAGAUCGGGGCAGGAGCUGGCAAAGCGCGACGUGCCGCUUCGCAGAAAUCCCGGACGAUGACCGCCAGGGGCCGUGUCGAAGUUGGGUGCGGUUUGAGUGCGUGGUGCAGCUGCCACCCUGCUGUUCGGGUGUGAGAGACUCCGGGAAGACAGCAGCUGCGCCCUUGACGGAAAUUUGGUGCAGAGCCAUUGAUGAAGCUGGGAAUGUUCAGCCCCGGUUCUCUGAGCCACAUGGCGGCUACAUGUACAGUGGGUACCAUCAGGUACCUCUGGUCCGAACAUUGAAGCAGCCGCCCCUGGCGACACCGGCUGAGUGA